GUUUGCAAAAAUUGAAGGAACCGAGAGCAAUUAAGGUAAACCCAAGGCAAUUCAAGCAAGAACAAAGGAAUUAAUGGUUGUUGCUUAUCGAAAAUUCAAAGGAAUUUGCACCCACAACCGGCAAGAGCAGCAACCGGACAGAGCAGAUCCGGAUGCUUUCCUGCAGGGGGAAGAUUUCAAGGCUCCAAUCUUGUUCUUGAACAAGAAAAGAAGAGAAAAAUCCAAGCUUCUUACCGAUUUCUCUCAAGGGAAGGCUGCUAUUGGUGGCUGGGCUUUAUUCGGUGCAGGGGAAGAAAAAGAAGAAGAGCAGAAUCGAGAAAUGGCUGGGGAAGAAGGAAGAAAAAAUACCCGGUCCUUAUCCAAAUUUCUACUCUUUUAAGUCCUUCAAGUUUGGACAUUAGCUAAUAAGCCCCAAAACAAUAUUUUCUCACAAUCAAGUCCUUAACUAAGU